UCAAUUUUCGUCCGCCAUCACAGCCGUUGCCUCGACUUAGAGCUGCGACCUUUGCGAUUGUUGCGCUGAUGGAAAGGAAAGGUUAAGACAUCAUGGCACCGCACGAUGGGUUGGGAAAAGGCAGGAGAGACGAAGGAUGGAAAGGUCGUGGAUACGUGCCAAAAUCAAAGAGGCAGCGCGCGCCGCAUGGAAGAGGUGGACGUGCUGUCCGACGACAAUUUCCAGGCGAUGAAAGCUCUCGUCACAGGGGCGGCACACGAUUGGGUUCUGGGCGAGAUGGGAUCAACAGGGAACAGUUGGCGGCGUUACAAAACAGCACCGCUGCUGGUGGUGGUGGUGCCUCGCCAAGGACACCGAGGUCAAAGGGGAUUGUAAUCGUUGACACGACUAUCUGGACUCUAGAGACAAGUUGCCGCUGCAGCCCAGGCGUUCGCGAACGUCGCCCACGGUCUGCCAUCACUGCCGCCGUGACUAGUGGAAGGGACAAAGCGCCUGUUGUCCAGCCCCAACAUCGCCAACAUGAAACUCCACAACAGCAGGGGGCUAUGGGGGUGCCGACAAGUCCUCCCACUGUGGCGGGAGUGGAGGGAACAACCACACGGAAAACGGCUGCACAAUUUCAAGCCAGCUACAGUACUGUUGCGGAAGGGGGGAGAAGGCGAGGACUGACGACGGGCGUCGCCACGAUGGGAGAGGAGAAGGAAGCCGAGAGGGCGACGACGAUGAACCGCUCAGUAGGAGGAGGAAGACCAGUAAUAAGGACGGCGAUUUGGAGGCGCAAUCGAAGCCGUGGGUGGAUUGCGAGGCGCUUUGGGAAACCGUUGCAAAAGGCAGUUGUUGACUGUGAGGACUACUACAUUGCCAUCGCCAAUGGAGACGCAGGAGUUGAACCCCCCCGCCCAUGCUCAUCAUGUCGCCCAACGAUUUGUUGCGCUUCAAGAUAGACGACUUCGCGUAGUGGGAAAUUGCUCUUUACCGG